UCAUUCAAGUAAGCCAAUCUCUUGGUAGUCUUCUUUCAAUUAGAUCCUUUUCAUAUUCAACAGUUUAGUUCUGCCAGUAGUCCUAGUUGCGGUGUUAGUUAAAGCCGCAGCAAUUGAUCGCCUUACAGAGCCCGAGAGGUCUCAUAUCUAUAUCUAAUGGCUGCUGCUUAUUCUUUUAGAUUCGUGGCAGAAUGUAAUUUGUAAGUAAAGACAGCGGGGACCUUUAGAGAGUUGCUCAUUUGAGCCUUCAGAUUGAAGCUGAAAAUUAUAUUUGAUUUUGCAUAUCCAUGCUAAUCUCAUCUCAUGUUGGGAAAUUAGUUGUAAAUCACAUAGAGUAUCUGGAUAGACAGGAUGCAAAGUUAUCAAGUAUACUCAUCCAACUCUUCUAUGUUGAAUAACAGAUUGGAGAAACUAUCAUGCAUUUUUGAAAUUGUUCCUCAUGCUUAUGCACCUUCUUUUUAUAGAUAAUUGAUUUCCUUUUAGUUUCCCCUGAUGGAACGAAAUUUUGAACUUUCUAUUCAUGAAAGAUCCUCCUUUUUUCAGUUGUGGCCAUCUGUGGAAAUGAUAUUUUAGUUCUUGUAUACAAGAUCAAUAACAAUUUAUUGCUUCUCAACUCUAGCAUGCUUGGAUUGCUAAUGAUCCGAGUCACCACAAAAUAGUGGAUAUUCUACCCUGAACCGUCUCCUUUUUCACAAUGUCCCUUCCAUCACAUUCAUUGUUCUGACUUCUACUGAUAUCCAUUCAAGCUCCUAUCUGACAACAUGCUCUUGCGAUACAGGUUGUGUUAGAUCCCUUGUAGCUUCAAUAUUUCAUCUUGUUAUUCCUUCAUGCCUUGAGGAUCACAACUAUGUUGUACAGUAAGUUUGUUUGUCACUCUGUGAAAAUAAUGGGGAAAGAUCAACUGAAAUGUGAAAGAAAAGGAUGUAGAGAAUAUCAAAGGAAAAAUGAGAAUAUGGAAGUGAAAAAAGAUGACAUGACCAUAUUUCCAUCCAAAGCUGAUGGAAAGAAGAGUGAGGAUGAAAUGGGUGAGAUAUUCUUAUCCUGAUGAUAAGAAAAUUGAACCAAUGUGGGACAUGAUAGUGGAUUAGGAAGUUAAAUUCAAAUCCACUUGAAUCGUUUUCUUUCUUUGUCCUUAAUCCUAAUUACAAAUGUAGGCAGGGAGGUGUAAAUAAAAAUUGUAAAAAAGAGACACAUAUCGGUACAUGCUAUAGAAUAGACCAAAACAAUUACUUUAUAGUGUUACUACUUUGUCAUAAUAAAGAUAAACUACUUCAUGAGCAUGAGUGAUUUCCUUGAUAAUGUUAUAGCCGCAUGUGCAUGUGGAGAGGGAAGCAUGAGGGGACUGAAGGAGUUCUCAAGACUCAUUUGGUUCACAGUUAAGAAUCACAGUCAAAGGUAUAAUAACCUUGAAGGAAGAAGGACAAGCAUAAGGGGAAGCAUUGUUUUCGGAGAUCUAUUCAAGAUUGGAGUGGGAUGAAGUGGAUAGUUUCCUUCAGAGCAAUGUAUAGUGCUAUAGGGAAAAUGAAAAAAUACCUUUCUUUUGGUACGGGAAAAUGACAAUAUUGUGGAAAUGGGUAAGCAGCAAAUGUAUUUGAUGAAUUCAUAUUAUAACUACCUGCUCCAUGGAGGUGAUACGAGGACCACGUGGAAGUCAAUGUGGAAUACUAUAACACCUAAAGGUGGGGUUUUAUAUGGUAUACUAUGUCUGAUCCUAACUUAAUGUCAGAUAAUCUGAGGAAGAGGAGAUGUUUAUAGUAAGUUGAUGUCACAUGUGCUAGAUGAAUGGGAAGGACUUGGACCAUCUGUUACUACAUUAGAACCUUGUAUAAAGUGACCUGCUUCUCUCGGGUGGUAGUCAAUAAUGCUUGCCUGACUCAUCAAAAAUUCAAAAUCUUCAAAGAAGAGGUAUCUUUCUAUGUAGCAGAUGUCAACUAUGUGGGGUUGAUGCAGAAACCAACUAUAAACCAUUUGUUUAUUCAUCGCAUGUGGGUUAUGCCAAGUAACACCUCACAACUACUAGUUGAUGGAACAGUGGCAGAACAGAAACAAGAAAUCAUAGUGGUGGAAGACUAUCUCAGCAUGCAUAUGGUGGACAGUGUGGAGGGAAAGAAACACUAGAUGUUUUGAAGAUAAGGCAAACAGAAUCAAACAGAUCAAGUUUAAUUGUAUGCUUUUGUAAUCUUAUUGGUCUAAGGAGGAGUUUGUAAAUGAUGCAGAAUCAAUUCUUAGCUUCUUAGAAUCCUUGUUAGAUAAGACAGGUGAUUUCUUCUCCUUUAUUGAGAGAUCUUCAAAGUAGUAAUACAAGUUAUAGCCAUGGCGUAUUGGAGCUUGAGGGAGAUAUUUAGUGUGCUUGCAGUUAGCUAAAAUGAAGACCACACAGGAUCCACAAAGCACAACUGAGAAACAAUCUUCAACUCAGGCUUCUCAUGAGGCCCAAAGUGACCAGCAGAACAAUGCAACCGAUACACCUGUAGCAGACUCAGGUUCAGUUUCUGCAUCAGGCAAUGACAACCGAAAAGUUUCACGUGAAGAUAUUGAACUAGUCCAAAACUUGAUUGAACGUUGCUUACAAUUGUAUAUGAAUAAGGAUGAAGUGGUUAAAACACUUCUUAAUCGUGCAAGGAUAGAUCCCGGAUUUACAGCUCUUGUUUGGCAAAAAUUGGAAGAGGAAAAUGCAGAUUUCUUUCGGGCCUACUACAUUAGGCUUAAAUUGAAGAAACAAAUCAUCUUGUUCAAUCAUUUGCUUGAGCAUCAAUAUCAUCUGAUGAAAUAUCCUGUGCCUCCGAAGGUUCCAUUGACUCCGAUGCAGAAUGGGAUAAAUACCAUGCCAGUCAACAACUUACCCAUGGGAUACCCCGUCCUACAACAACAUCCCCAUCCAGCUGCAGGUCAACCUCAUUUUGAUCCGAUGGGCAUGUCCAGUUGCCAUGUGGUUAAUGGUGUGCCUGCACCAAGCAACUAUCAUCCAAUGCAAAUGAACUCUGGAAAUGAUAUGGUGGUAGAAACGAGUGCAUCCGAUGUAGCACCAGCUGUUCCACCUAGCAAUGCCAUGUCUGAUAUGCCUGUAAGCCCUGCAUCAGUAGCUUCCAGUGGCCACUUCCCCUUCACCGCUUCGGAGAUUUCAGGGAUGGGAAUUGACACAUCAGUGCUUGACUCUUCGUUCCCAUCUGACGUAGCAAGUUCAGUAGGAUUGCAACUUCCACCAGAUAACGGUGUUGGUAAUUCUAGAGAUUUGCUGAGAUCCUUGGAUCAGAUUCCUUGGGAUUUCAGUCUUUCGGAUCUAACAGCAGACUUAUCAAACUUGGGAGAUUUAGGAUCUCUAGGAAACUAUCCUGGUUCCCCGUUUUUGCCUUCCGAUUCAGACAUUCUGCUUGAUUCUCCAGAACAAGAAGAUAUAGUUGAGGAGUUCUUCGUUGAUGUUGAAGCUGCCCCAGGGCCUGCAGCCUGUCCUCAAUCAGAUGAAGAGAAGUCUUAGUUUAAGUUAACACGAGCACGUGCUUAAUUCCAUAGCCAGAAUAAGGAGUUUGGCGUAAAAUGAUGUGAUCAGCUAAGAACAUUGAUUUACCUUUGUUAGGUAUGUCUGUGUAGUUAUUAACCCAACUUUUCUGGUGCCAAUGACUUACCUCGCUUUAUUCUUAUACUGAUCGAGUUGCACUAUUUUCUAUUCCAAUAGAUUUCACUUCCCUAGCUUGCGCGAUAUAUCAUUUGUAGAAGCAAGUCAGGAUAUGUCAGUUUCAUUCCUUUUGAUAUUAUUAAGCUUGUAUCUUUGGUAUUGAACAUUAACAAUCAGAUAAAAUCUGUUAACCAA